UUCAAAUUGCGAUUUCCGCCAUAUCCAUUAGUAGUUAGUACUGUACCAUUUUUGAGCUUUGGUAGCUACAAGUCUACAACCAAACCCUAGAAAGAUUCAACAUUUCUUUGUUUGAUUCACAAAUGGAAACUUCGCUUAGGUAUGGUGGAGAUUCCAAAACUCUGCGAAUUCACGCCAAGGAAAAAAUCCCCAUUUCCCCCAAUUCCAUCUGCCAGAUUCAAGGAGAGCUCGACACGAAGCUUGGAGCUCCUACUUUCGUGCACGGCUUGAUUAGAUACUUCCAUCCCGAGUCAUCGGCUAGCCUUGGUGUGGGACUUCGAUACAAUAAGCGGGAUAAAUUGCACUACCACGUACGUGGGAAGAAGGCAUUUCCAGUGACUGCAGAUAAAUUGUUUAACUUCCAUGUUAAGGGUCGUUGUAAUAUCGAUGAGGACUUGAAGCAGUUUGAUUACUCUGCUGCUACUGAGUUUGUUUGGAACAUCUUUGAUGUUAAAAAGAGCCAGGAUGUACGCAUCAAGUUGGGAUACGAUGUUAUCGAUAAGACUUCAUAUUUGCAGGUUCGGGAGAACAAUUGGACAUUCAAUCUUGAUCAGAACCGGAGAUGGAAUGUGAGGUACGACCUCUAAACACAUGGCCCGAUCCUGUGCCUGUGAUGAUCUAUCAUUCGGAUUGACUGUAAUCAUGAUGCUUUUAACUGUAAAUCCUUAGGAGUUGUCGAUGUUGAAACCAGAAUUCAUUUUUGUAUACCUAUUGAAAAAUUUAUGCAAAUGCAUUUUGAAUGUGUUGUCA